AAUUUUAUCAGAUUCAAAUGUCACAAUACGGUAAAGCAGAAUAUUGGGAGGAACGAUACACCAGGUAAUAAGUUAGUUACUCUAAAAUAGAGAUCCUGAGCCUUUCGAUUGGUAUUAAAGAUUUGCAGGGAUCAAGGAUUUAGUCUAAGCCUGUUUCACUCCUGAAAGCAAAAUUCUUAAUAUAGGGGCAGGGAAUUCAAGUAUAGAAAUGUUUUAGAGUUAUUUAGGAUUGAGUGAGGAGAUGUUCGAUGAAGGAUAUUAGAACAUUACAAAUAUUGAUAUUUCACAUGUUGUUACAAAAGCAAUGUAGGAGAAGUACAAGGAUAAAGGUCCAAAUUUCAAAUGUAAAAAUUGUUGAAAUGCAGAUCUUCAUAUGGAUGCCAGAGCUAUGGAAUUUGAGGAUGGAUCAUUCGAUGGAGCAAUUGAUAAAGGAACCCUUGAUGCCAUAUUAGUAAGACUUGUAAUAUCCUUAAGUGUGGAGAGUCAUCAUCAUCUAACGCUUAAAAAGUGAUUCAAGAGGUUCACAGAGUACUAGGGCCAAAAGGAGUGUAUUUUGCAAUUUCUUAUGGUCUACCGGAACAUCGACUUUAAUAUUUUGAAAAGCCUGAAUACGAUUGGUAUUUAAGAUGACUAUUUUCAUUUGUUUAGGAAUGUAAUAGUUAAAUAGGUUCACAAACCAACAAUUUCAACCUCUAUCGCAAUAACAAAUGAAGAUAAGGAUGCGCCCAAUGUCCAUUACAUAUAUAUAUGCACUAAAGUAGAUUUAAAUUGCUUAGAUUUUAGGGAUAACAAAAAGCAGCUAAAUAAUGAAUUUGAAUUAUAUUUAAC